AUGGUGCCGGAGGAUGAGAGAGAGGGCACUGCUGAAGAUGAAGAAGAAGAAGAAGAAGGCGAGGAAGGCGAGGAAGACGAGGAAGAUGAGGAAGGCGAGGAGGAAGGGGGGGAAGAGGCAGAGGACGAGGCUGGCGAUGGAGACGUCGAGGCUGAGACCGCGGUUCCUGAACUGGAGCCCUUUGCUGAGUUGCCGGAGCUGUCGGGAGAAGGAGCGCCAAAAGAAACCGAGGCGCCAAUUGCGGCAUUGGUCGACGAGGACCUGGGCACGGAGGAAGGGGAGGUUGAGUGGAAUAGCACGCUUGCAGAGCCACCGGUUGGAUCGGCGAGCUCCGACAUCGUCGGGGAGAUUGGAGCCAACCGCUCCGUGCUGCGGUCGGCGGAUCUGGAUGAUCUGACGAAGCGCUCGGAGCCCAAGGAGAGCUGCCUCUCGGUGUCGAAUGCCUCCGGCUACAUCUUGACCGAGGUGUCCCUGGCGCAGGAGGACUUCAGCGUGUCGGCGUCCUGCGCCUGGGGCUUCAGCGGCACGGCGCGGGCCACGCGCUGCGCCAAGGCGCAGGAGGAGAGUACCUGGUGGCCGGUUGCCGGGCCGCCUGCGUGGCACCAACGGAGGCAGAGGCGAAGUGCUACAGGGUGA